AUUUGUCAGAAACUCGGGGAUGCAGCCGAGUUGCACAAAGGCCUUUAUCAAAAUCGUGUGAUUCAGAUGAUCAUCAACAAGGUGUGGUUCAAGGACAAGCGCGAUGACGGGAUUGUCCUACAGGAAGUAUACUGCCCGUUCCCUUUCAUAGCGUUCGCCACUGUUUUGAUGGCCAUCGAAUGCGCUAUCGACGAAUGGGUCAGCGGCACACGCGAAGAUGUGACGUUCACCAUAGAAGCCUACAAACAUCGUUUCGAACACCAUCUGAGUGCGAUCAAAAGUUACAACACUGCAUCCAGCGAUCUAGAAAUCAUGAAGAAAAUAUGUCACCGUGUCUUCGAAGAUGGAUGCAUUAAUGCGAAAGUUAUUCGCACCGAAACACAAGAAACCCGUACGCUUGCCCCGGAUGCCAUCAAGAAUGCAAUCGAGGAGUUCAAGCACAAGGAUGGAAAUCUUAGCGAGACCGACGAAUCUGACAAUGGCGGUGAACUUGGUGAUGGCCAGCCCAACGGUCAGGAGAGCUGGGAUGGCCAAUGA